AUGCAUGGAGGCAUAGUAACAAACAACGUACCUUCAAGGCGAAAACGUCGCCAAAAUUAUUCUGUAUAUAGGCGAUUACUUGCUAUUGUUAAAUCAACAUGGACUGGAGUUAAAACAGCUUUGGGUAGUAGUAGUAGUAGUGAUUUAGAUUUUGAAGAAUCAGAAAGUCCACCCAGGUAUAGACCUGAUAGUUUAAAAUCACUUUGUCAAGCAACAAAAUUUUCAGAAUCGGAAAUAAAAAGAAUAUAUAGAGGAUUCAAAGCAGAAUGUCCUACAGGAGUAGUGAGAGAGGAAACAUUCAAAGGGAUUUAUUCCCAGUUUUUCCCUCAGGGGGCAAAUGCGAGUCAAUAUGCUCACUACGUGUUUAGCACGCUCGAUAGAAAUCGAAGUGGAAUUUUAAGUUUUGAGGAUUUCGUUACCGGCCUUUCCAUACUUUCACGUGGCACACUAGAAGAAAAAUUAAAAUGGACGUUUUCGUUAUACGAUAUAAACGGAGAUGGAUGCAUAACAAAGGAAGAAAUGACGGAUAUAAUAACGGCCAUUUAUGAUCUUAUGGGAAAACACAUUGAACCCAUUGACGAAGCGACGCUCAAAGGAAAAGUUGAUAAAAUAUUUAAUAAAAUGGAUAUUAAUCAAGAUGGAGUUGUUACGAUCGAAGAAUUUUUAGAUUGUUGUACAGCAGACGACGAUAUUUCUGCUUCGAUGGAAGUUUUUGAUUUUUCUUUUUGA